AUGUGGGUGUACAAGAUGGCAGUGAAGGUGAAAUUACUGUCAUUCGAUGGCGAGGAUCCUGUUGGAUGGAUUAUGCACACGAAAACAUACCUCAAAAUUCAAGGAGCUUCAGAGGAAGUGAAGGUGAGAUUGGAGAAGUUGGGAUACUUGCAUAAAAAUGGAAUGCUUCAAUAUGAAAAGUUAUAUUUAUAUUGCAGGUUAAGAUCUUCAUCUUGUUUCUAUGUUUCGAUGGUACCGGAGAAAAAAAGCUGCACUUUGCAUUCCAUGGUUGUAAUAAAAGUGCAUAUUGUAAAAUGGAGACGUGUGUCACCUCCUCAUGCAUCUCUACCUCUAUCUUUCAGUAGGCGACAUGUUUCACCUAUUCAUGCACCUGAGGCAACAGAGACGAAACAUGUGACAUGCAACAUCACACUAUUGGAGGUUUGA